AUGGGAGUUGCAUGGAGGCGAUGGAGGGCCGAAGUGAAGGCAACAUCUUAUGACCCAAAUAUUCCUUUAGAUGAGCUCUUGCAAAUUCAUCCUAUCCCUCAUAAGCUGACACUUGAGGUUUGGGAAACUUUAUGUGACUAUUGGAAGAAGAAUGAGAGAAUGUCAAAAAUUAAUAGAGAAAAUGCUCAUAAAAAACGAAGAAUUCAUGCACAAGGACGCAUAAAUAUUCCAACAUUGGAAGAUAAAUUUUUUCAGGAAAAUGGUGUAAAACCUACUCGUAUUGAAAUAUUAGAAUUAAGUUGUCAUAGUAAAAAGAAAGGAAGGUCUCCUAUUGCUGAUGAAGCUAUACGACAUGAGACUUUAUUGAAUGAGGCUGUGAAACACCAUCUCCAAGACAUGUCGGAGGGAACAGAUCCAAGACAAGUGCAUGAGCAAGCAUUUCGUGAGGUGUUCGGGCCUGAGCAUUCUGGCCGAGUUCGAUGUUUAGGAGCUGGUGCACUGCCUAGCCAAGUUUUUUUUGACCAAUAUAAGAGUAGCCAUUGCCAAGGAUAUGACACUGCUUCGGAUGCCACAGAAAAGUUCAAGGAAAUGAAAGAAAAAAUAAAGGAAAUGGAAGCUAGGGAGGCAGAGCGAGAAGCACGACUACAAUCAGAAAUGGAAACACGUGAAGCACAAAGGAAAACCGAGAUGGAAUAA